CAAUUUAUUGUUUCGACAGAAAACAAAAUAACCCGAGCAACACACAACAUCUGGACAUACAAUUUCUAAAUCACGUGAACACCUUGAAAAUUAAACAUGGCUCCUAUCACUGUCGGAAUUAACGGGUUUGGCCGCAUCGGUCGGUGAGUCGAUUGAGAUCGCGUCAUAGAAGAGAUCCUACCGGAAAAUUGAAGCGACGGAAAACCUCUGGUCCGGAGAGGGAAAAGUGUUUGAUAUCAUGCUCUAACAUGUAUAGGAAAAUCAGCUGUGACAUUCYAUUUCUCACGGUGCUUUCCUUUCCCUGCGUACGGAAAUAUCUUCAUGGUGUUUUGCAAUCCCGUCAGUCUCGUCAUGCGCGCUGCCCAAAACAACCCCAACGUAAAGGUUGUUGCGGUGAACGACCCUUUCAUUCCUGUCGAAUACAUGGAGUACAUGUACAAAUAUGAUAGCACCCACGGAAAGGCCGAGGGAGAAAUCACUCACGAUGCUGCCGCGAACACUGUCAGUAUUGACGGAUCACCAAUUAAGGUCUUUGGAGAGAUGGACCCMUCCAAGAUUGCCUGGGGUGAUGCCGGUGUUGACUACGUUGUCGAAUCCACUGGAGCUUUCACCUCCACUGAAGCUGCUUCUGCCCACAUGGCUGGAGGUGCCAAGAAGGUUGUUAUCUCUGCUCCUUCUGGAGAUGCUCCCAUGUUUGUUAUGGGAGUUAACCAGGAAAAGUAUGAGUCCAGCAUGGAUGUUGUUUCCAAUGCCUCGUGCACAACCAACUGUUUGGCUCCCCUUGCCAAGGUCAUCAAUGAUGAGUUUGGAUUGAAGGAAGGUCUUAUGACCACUGUGCACGCUGUCACUGCUACCCAGCAAACUGUUGAUGGACCUUCCAAGAAGGACUGGCGAGGAGGACGUGCUGCUUGCUACAAUAUUAUUCCUUCUUCCACUGGAGCUGCCAAGGCUGUUGGAAAGGUCAUCCCUGAAUUGAAUGGAAAGCUCACUGGUAUGUCUUUCCGUGUCCCAACAAUCAAUGUGUCUGUUGUUGACUUGACUGCACGAUUGGACAAGGGAGCCUCCUAUGAAACAAUCAUGGGAGCCAUCAAGGAUGCCUCUGAGGGCAAGAUGAAGGGAAUUUUGGGAUACACUGAUGAGGAUAUUGUGUCCUCUGACUUUAUCUCUGACUCCCGCUCAUCCAUUGUUGAUGCCAAGGCUGGAAUUGCCUUGACUGAUGACUUUGUCAAGCUUGUCUCAUGGUACGACAAUGAAUGUGGAUACUCCACCCGCGUUCUCGACUUGAUUGAACACAUGGAAGCAUCCAAAUAAAUGAGCUGGCCUCGUAGAAGUAAUGAAUAAAUAGAACUGUG